UAACAAUGACAAGUAACCCAGUAAAGUCUGAUGAAAAUAGGAAAAAACGUAAAACGGAAGAAAAGAAUGAAUCUUCAGAAAAUCCACAAAUAUCUUCUUUUGAGAAAAUGGAUUUUUCUCUUUCUGAAAGCUCCCAGGCAGUUCUCAAAACUGAAGCCCUAGAAAAAGUUUUGAAUGAUACAAGCAAAGAAAUAAAUAUUCUAUUAUCAAAAUAUGUUCAUAUUUUAAGUGAGAGAGCAGCAAUGGAUGCCUCAUAUGUAGAGGAGCUUGGAGGGAUUCUGAAAGAAGCUGCUUCUAUAGAAUAUCACUUGAGAUUGAAAUGGGAGAAUCUAAAGCACAGGUUUGCUGCAAUGACGGGCCCUCUACAAAGUGAAAAUAGAUUAUCUAGCAAAUGAUCUUUAUUCAAAGGCACGGGCUGCAUGUUUAGAGUUCUGUAUCUGCUGAACACUAAUGUAUAAUUGAAAUACCCUUUUAUCUAUCUGGAUGCUUGAUGCACAUACUUGUAUUGUAUACUGUCUUCGUGCAAGUUAUGAUUCCCCUGCCUGUAAAAAUAUAUCUGUCAUGAGGAUAGAAUCUCUGCCAUGCAUGUCUACCUGUCUGUUCUUUGUGACCUCCAUUCAUGACCUCCAGCCCUUACUACACAUCACUUACUCAUAUCUCUUUCUGCAACUGCAUUGCUCCUCACAAUGAAUUCUGUAAAUUCAAAUGUAUGUGGCAUUGGCAGUGUGGAUAUUUUCCUCUGGGGACUUAUUAUGAGCAACACUGUUUUUAAUGUUUGCAAUUUGUUAACUCACAUGCUUAUUAAAUAGAUUUUCACUGAACAACAAAUCUCAAGUCAUAGCUGCCAAGUUUUCCCUUUUCUCACGAGGAAGCCUAUUCAGCAUAAGGGAAAAUCCCUUAAAAAAAGGGAUAACUUGGCAGCUAUGUCUCAAGUAGCAGGAAAAAUCCAGUCAGACUGAAAACAUGGGAUUUUUUUAUUUGUUUUGUUGUAUUAUCAUAUAUAUUUUUGCUGUAAUCCACCCUGGGGUUUUAUGGUGAAGGACAGGUUAAUUAAUUAAUAGUAUCUGAACUAUAGGCUAUGUUCAGAUAUCCUGCCACUUUUGUAAGUUUUUUUCUGAAAAAGGUAAAGCGAGCCUCAGGACAAGGAGGGGAAUGUGGGAGCUGUUCCACUCUAUUAAGGACUAUUUAUGGCCCGUUUAAUCUUAUUAGCCAGGGCAUGGUGCUGUGAUCCAUUGCAAGCAUUUCCUCCAGGCAGCAGGAGGAUGGAUAAUGCUGGCAGUGGCUGGCUGGGUGGGUGGGCCUGCCUGCCACAGAUCCAUUACAAUGGAAAUGUCUCCCAUCAAUUUGUCCUCAUUUCCAUGUCAAUGGCAUGGUUAAGAAUGGGCAGCUGUGGGGGCAGGACCUUCUGGUCCCAUCUGGGAUAGUCACCACUCCCUUCAUUGGGGCAUGAUGCUCUUUUGGGACUCCUUUUUAUCAAAACCAGUGUUCCCCCUGCCCCCCUCCUCUGCAGGGUAUGUAUAUUUAUUUAUGCCCAUUUAGGCAAUGAGAAAAAGGUUCAUUAGCUCUGGGUUGUUAACAAGGAGGUGUCUUCCCUUCUGUCCUGCUGUCAUGUCAGUCCUGCUGUUUGAUCAAGUAUGGCUUGACCCUUCAUUGUAACCCCCAAAGUCAUCACUGCAUGCUGAGUUAGUCAUGCAAAGUCAAGAGGAAACAAAAGAACCAUUUCCUUUUUUCAUUAUUUUCAAGAGAGGUGUUGAUGUGGAGAGGGGCAGUGCUGGGAACUCAGGCCCAGCAGCAGUAGCAGCAGGAACACAAACUAAUGGGGGCUCCUCCAGAUAAGACUUGUUUAUUCAGCACUCAUCUCAAUUUACUUGCACAAGCUUAUGCAGAGGUUAGACUCUAUGGUAUCUGUUGAGCAUUCAUUUGAAUCCAUUGACAGGCAGUUAUAUGACAAUGAACAUUCCUCCUAAUUUCCUUGUGCGGUGUUUACACAUAUUCCUGUUGAUCAUUCAUUUUUAGGGGAAGGGUCGUAGCUCAGUGGUUAGAGCAUCUGCUCUGCUAAAAGAGGGUCCCAGGUGCAAUCCCAGGCAUCUUCAGGUUGGGCUGGGAAUAUCCCCUGUCUGAGAUCCUGAAAGCUGAUGCCCGUCAGUGUACCAAAUUGGGAGGGGUGGCUAAUUCCCCAGAGGACAGGAUCACACUUCAAAAUGACCUUAACAGAUUAGACAACUGGGCCAAAGCAAACAAGAUGAAUUUUAACAAGGAGAAAUGUAAAGUACUACACUUGGGCAAAAAAAAAAAAAAUGAAAGGCACAAAUACAGGAUGGGAGACACCUGGCUUGAGA